AUGACAUUGUCUUUCGUUCUUUAUUUGUAUUCUUUCUUUCUUUUUUUUAUCUAUCUAUCUAUCUAUCUAUCUAUCUAUCUAUCUAUCUAUCUAUCUAUCUAUCUCUUAUUGGGUCUGGUUUUUACAGAUGAUGUAAUUAUGAACUAUAUUAUUACUAAAUUUCAAGGCGUGAUCUAUCACUCUGGGAAGGCAGUUAACUGCUUUUCUCCUGAUUUCAUUCCAUCCUUCCUUCCUUUUCUUUCCUGCAAUUUCUCUUAUUCUUUUUUUCUUUUUGUUCAUUUAAUCCUUUUCUUGGCCUCAAUUCACUUUCUUCUUCUUCUUCUUCUUCUUCUUCUUCUUCUUCUUCUUCCUCCUCCUCCUCUUUCAUUUUUUCGGCUUCAAUGUCUCGUGAUCUUUCUUACUUUCUUCCUUGUCUCACUUUCCUUUCUUGUUGUUCUUGUUCCUACCUUUCCUUCUUUCUUUUCUUCCUCCCUUCCUUCCUUUUCUUUGCCUCAAUUCCCUUUCCUUCUCUUCUUCUUCUUCUUCUUCUUCUUCUUCUUCUUCUUCUUCUUCUUCUUCUUCUUCUAUCUUUCGCUAUUCCUUCGUUCGUUCGUUCGUUCCUUCUUUUCUACCAUUCCGGCUUCACCGCCACAUCCGGAAUAUUCACGCCAUGCAAUGGACUCUGUUUAUUGA